GAGCAGACAGCGCGGCACCGCACAGCCCCGCGCAGCCGCUCGGGCCUUUGUCUGCCCGCGGGGCCCCGGGCGUGGGCAGGCAGCGCCCGCCGCCCCACCGACACCCCUCACCCUGGUCCCUUCCUUGCAGCCCGCGGCGCGUGCCCCCCGCGCCCCCCGCGCCCCGCCGCCCGCCCGGACGAUGCCCGUCGAGGCGCUGAACGCCGGCGAUGCCAUGAAGGGGGCGGCGGUGACGGCGCCCUUCACCUCGGCCAUGCCCAUCCGCAUCCUCAACAAGGGCCCCGAGUAUUUCCGACGGCGCGUGGAGCCGGGCGCGCGGAAACCCAGCGCCGUGGAGAGGCUGGAGGCCGACAAGGCCAAGUACGUGAAGAGCCAGCAGGUCGCCAGCACCAAGCAGGAGCCGGUGAAGCCGCCGCUGCUCAAGCAGCCCCUCUUCGCUCCGGGCGUGCGCCGGGCCAUGCUCACCCCGAGCCGUAAGACGCCGCCGGGACCACGCCGUUCGGAGGCCGGCGGGACGAAGACCUCCCUCAACCUGGAGAUCCUCAACAACCUCAUCAACAUCUGCGACAGCCCCUUCCCCAAGGCGGAGAGCCCGCGGGGCCGGGAGUGGCAGUGCAAGGCGGAGGCGCCGGGCGCCGGGGCGGAGGGGGCUGGCAAGGCACCGGAGAGCCCCGCCGCCCCCAAGCCCUCCGGCACCGUGGCCGUGCGCAGGGUGGACGUGCGGCCCUGCGGGGCUCUGCCCGCCAGGGUGUCCCCCGCCGGCCAGGUGACGCCGGUGUCCUUGUCACCCGCCCCAGGCAGGCUGCCUGCGGCGCCGGCGCUGAGCUCGCCCAGCCGCCCCGAGAGCGCCCGCCGGCAAACCCUGCUGCACCGCUCCAAGUCGGACCUGAGCGACCGCUUCUCGCGGGCCACCGCCGACCUGGAGCGCUUCUUCAACUACUGCGGCCUGGACCCGGAGGAGGUGCGGGACAUGGGCGCGGAGCACUUCGCCCGCGCCAGCUCCGACAUCGUGUCCGUCAAGUUUCACAGCGUCAGCACGGCCAGCUCGGAGGGCGGCCGCUCGCCCCGCAGCGCGGCCACGCCGGAGGGCCGGCCGGCCGAGCGCAUGCCCUACGGCAUCUCCGUGGUGGAGCGCAACGCCCGCGUUAUCAAGUGGCUCUACGGGCUGCGCCAGGCCCGCGAGCCCCAGCAGGUCUCCAACGUGUAGCACCGCUGCGUGCCAGCGCACGGUGCCGAUGCCGGACAGGGAGGAGGCGCUGGGCAGACCGUGCCCCCCGGAGCGGUGGGGACAUCUCGGACCCUCGGACUCAGGCACCGUGCCUCGUCCCUGCUGCCCUGCGUUACAGCUGCAGGGCUCGGGUGCAGCAGCCGCGCGUCCUCCCGGGGAGUGCUUUGCCUCGCGAGGGAGCUGGCUCUGUAGGGCCCCGAAGCCAGCACCCAGGUGCCCGUCAGCCCGCGGAGGGCUGGGGACAUGGCUGUGCCUGCUGGCAUCCUGCUGGCUGGGCUGUGGGGUGCACGGCCAGUCCCACCUGCACAGAGGGGGCAUCCCGGCUGCUUCCAGGGGUCCCAGCUUGCAGGAGUGCAUGGGCACCCUGGGGGGCACGUCGGGGGUCCUUGCAUGUGGCCAGGGGGUGAGGAUGCAGCCGCAGCUGGGGGGCGGUCACUGGUGGCCCCCAUCCUAAUGUCCUGGAGGAGCUGGGUGCUCUGCCAGGGAGGCCAGAACUGAGCUCCCCUUGGAGCAGCCCAGGCCUCUGUGUGUGUGCGUGUGCGUGCGUUUGUGUCUCCCUUUUUGUUUGUCAGCAGGAAAGCCCAGGCAUGCUGUGCCCUGUUAUUUAUGAAGAUGGUUUUAUCAGUCUCUUCCUCAUUUCUACUGUUUUUCCUGAUGUGUGAUCUGUAAAAGAAAAAAAAAAAAAGUGAUAAUAAUGGAGAAGGUUUUAUUAAAUUUCUCU